UCAGCACGCUCCAUUUGUGACGUCGCAGAGGCCUGGCCCCGGCGGGCGUGGGAUGCCCUCGCCCGCCCCGGGAGCCUCGAGGCGUCACCGCGCUGCCACGCCGCGGUCCCCGGGGAGCCGAGCGGGCGGCGGCCCCGCGGAUGCUGAGGUCUGCGAGCCACCGCCAAGCCAGGCAGCGAGCACGACGGCCGGCUUCGCCUCCGCCUCGGGCGGCCUCCGCCGAGCUCCCGGCCCCUCGCCGUCGCGCUAAGCCCGCGGCCAGACGCCUACAGCCCUCCGCUCCCUCCGCGCCGGCCACCCCCGCCGCAGCCGCUUUUUCCUCCUCCUCCUCGCCCGCCUCUUCCGUUUCUGGAGGGAAAGGCUGCAGCCUCCUUCGCUCCGCAUCCCCGGCUUAGCUGACGGCCCAGAGGGUGGGUGCCAAUUCCACCAGCAGCUGCAACUGGAAGGUUCAGAAAUGUCAGCUAUCCUCCAGGAGCUGCUCCGUGUGUCUGAGAAAGCUGCCAACAUUGCCCGGGCAUGCAGGCAGCAGGAAGCCCUCUUCCAGCUGUUGAUCGAAGAAAAGAAAGAGGGAGAAAAGAACAAGAAGUUUGCAGUUGACUUCAAGACGCUGGCUGAUGUACUCGUACAGGAAGUUAUAAAACAGAAUAUGGAGAACAAGUUUCCAGGCUUGGGAAAAAAAAUUUUGGGAGAAGAAUCGAAUGAGUUUACUAAUGAUUUGGGGGAGAAGAUUAUCCUGAGACUGUGUCCGACCGAGGAAGAAACAGUAGAGCUCCUUAGCAAAGUCUUGAGUGGUAACAAGUUGGCGUCCAAAGCAUUAGCCAAGGUUGUUCAUCAGGAUGUCACCUUUACUGACCCAGCUCUGGAUUCGGUAGAGAUCAACAUUCCACAGGACAUUUUGGGAAUUUGGGUGGAUCCCAUAGAUUCCACUUAUCAGUAUAUAAGAGGUUCUGCUGACAUUAAAUCCAACCAAGGAAUCUUCCCUAGCGGACUUCAGUGUGUCACCAUUUUAAUUGGUGUCUAUGACCUACACACAGGGGUGCCCCUAAUGGGAGUCAUCAACCAACCUUUUGUAUCACAAGACCUAAACACCCUCAGGUGGAAAGGACAGUGCUACUGGGGCCUUUCUUACUUGGGGACCAACAUCCAUUCACUUCAGCUUCCCGACUCUGAAAGAAAGAGCAGGGACACACGGAGCCAAGUGACUGAAGACACCAACUCUGAGGCGGAAUGCUCCCACAGGUUUUCAGCUGUCAUUAGUACAAGUGAAAAGGACACUGUCAAGGCCGCUUUGUCCCGUGUAUGUGGCGAGCGCAUGUUCCCGGCAGCUGGGGCUGGUUACAAGAGCCUCUGUGUUGUCCAAGGCCUUGUUGACAUUUACAUCUUCUCAGAGGAUACCACGUUCAAGUGGGACUCAUGUGCUGCUCACGCCAUACUCAGGGCCCUGGGUGGGGGAAUGGUGGAUUUAAGACAAUGCCUGCAAAGAAGUUCCGAAACGGCACUUGACUGGCCACAGUUGGUGUACCACGUGGAAAACGAAGGUGCGGCUGGCGUGGAUCGGUGGGCCAACAAGGGAGGACUGAUUGCAUACAGAUCAAGGAAGCAGCUGGAGACAUUCCUGAGCCUCCUCAUCCCAAACCUCGCGCCUGGGGAUACACGCACAUAGACGAACUCCGUCCUCGUGUGCUUGUUCAACACCCAACUGUGAAACAAUUCCCCACAUCUGUUAUCUUUUGAAGAUAGCUUUGUCCUAUUGAUGGUCAACAUUCUCCUUCCUCUUCUGAGGAGCAUUUUUCCAUUAUGUGUUCUUAAGAAUGUUAAUUUCAAUAAAUGAAUGGUAUUUGUGCAG